GUACAUAUAAGUAUCUUAUAAAUACUUGUAAUAGUAUGGUAAUAACAUCUAUGGUUAUUGUAAUAUUAUUAAUAUGUUGUACAUGCAAUUUUCACAACAUGAUAUAUGGAUGACCAUGCAUUUUAUGAGAGCUUUAUAUGCAAUGUUCGAUUAUAUGUAUAUGCAUUGUCAGUACAUAAACCUAAGUUUAUAUUUAGAAAUGUUAAUUUAUGUUAACACAUAUACAUAUACAAUUAACGUUCCAGUAAAUUUUUAUAUAAUAUUAAACUAAACAAGACUGCGUUACAUAUAAUAUUGUUAGAAACAAAGAAUAUCAUAAAGUAUUGUAAAUUGUAUUGUCGACCAAUAUUUAAAACAUAUUUAAACUUUUGCAGUGAACAACGUUACGAAAAAUCUAAGUCAAUUCUAAUCUUAGUAAAGCCAUUAAUUAGAAGUAUAAUAUUUUGCCAUAUAUUUUUUGUCCCAUAUGAUAUGGCAGAUUUUCACAAAAGCAUUUUAGAUAACAAUAAAAUUUGAAAUUAGUGAGGCAAUCUAUUAUUUGUAAUAAAUUAAUAUUUAUAUAUCAAAAUCAUCACAAAAAAUCAUGUAAAGUUAAUAACUCUGGGAUUUAUUUCAACAAGUCUAUAUAUAUAUAUAUAUAUUAAGUAUAUAUUUAUUAAUGAGAAAUAGUAUAUAUAAUGGGUAAUAUUAAAUUAGUGUCUGAUUUAUUAGACUGUAGUUGCAAUAACUCUAUAGUUCCAUUUGAUUCCUAAUUUCGUAAAUGUAUAUUGAUAUAUUAAUUCGAUCGAAGCUAUGAAUCAAUAGUUUCUCACAUGAAUUGUCCGUAGAAAUAACAGUUAAUUGAACUAUAGUCAUAAAGAAAUACACAUCUCAUUAUUAAUGAAGAAAAAGAAAACAAGAUAUAUCGUUGGUAGUAUUAAAUAAAUCACUAAUACUACAUUUAGCAUUUAUUAGUAUUUCGUACUAUAGAAGUAGGGAAUAUAAUACAGAUACUAUGCAUAUCGUAAUAAUAUUAUAGAAGAAAACAGUACUGUAUACCGGUGUAAUAAAAAUUGUAAAUCCGCUUGUCUUCUUGUUAGAAGUCUACAAAGAACAUAUAGACUUAUGUAUAAUGUGUAAUAGUCCGCCGCAUUUUAAUGUGAACCUCCCAUAUUGUACAAAGAAAAAAAAUAUAUAUACAUCUACAUUUAAAAGAUACUAUUCUAUACUUAGUUUACUUGUGGUUUAUGAAUUCAAAAAAAUAAUGUAAGACAGAUAAAAAAAAUGAUUUUAUAAAGAAUCAUUUUUCUUUUGAAAAAAAAAAACAUCUAUUGAUUUGGCGCCCUUCAUUUGAAAUGACAAAACUUUCGAAAUUAUCUACUAGGUAGCGCUGUAAUGAUCGAAGCGCUAUCUACCGUAUCUUUUAUGAACACUUAUCAAACUAAUCAACUUAUCUGUGCAGACGUAUCAUGCAUACAAUAAAAUUUUUCAAUACCGCAUGUGAUUGGUACUUGUUUAUGUUUAAGAAAUGUUUAUUAUUUAAAUAAUAAAAUUUAUAUUAACAUACUAAUUUAAUUUGUUAUGUUAAGCGUUAUUUUUAUGUUAAAAAAUAUAUUUUUUAAGUCAUAGAUUAUAUUAUUUCUAUUUUAUAAUGCGCAACAGAUUUAUUUUAUUUAUCUUUCUCAUUGUUUUUUGUUUUUGCGAAGUUAAUUAUGUUAUAUGUAUAAAGUCUCCUAAUAAAAGUGAAUUGCAAGGUGAAAAAUAUCCACCAUGUGCUGCUUGUAAAAUACUUGUUAAUAGUUUUAAAAAUGGUUUAGAACGUACAAGCCGUGGAAAAUUUGAAGGUGGUGAUAGUGCAUGGGAAGAAGAUAAGUUAGGUUCUUAUGCGACAAGCGAAGUACGUCUCAUAGAAAUACAAGAACAUUUAUGUGAGGAAGUAGAGCGUGGUAAAGAUCAAUGUCAUUCCAUAGCAGAAGAAUUAGAGAAUAAAAUAGAGGAAUGGUGGUUUAAACAUCAAAAUACCUAUCCAGAUAUAUUUGAUUAUUUAUGCAUAGAACAAACAGAACGUUGUUGUCCAAAAGAUCAUUAUGGUCCCCAAUGUAUGCAAUGUCCAGGCUUUCCAGAUAAUGUCUGUAAUAAGAAUGGCAAAUGUAAAGGUGCAGGCACAAGAAAAGGGAAUGGUAAAUGUCUUUGUGACAAAGGCUACGAUGGAGAAACAUGUAAUGAUUGUGCACCAGGCUAUUAUGAAUCUUAUAAGGAUGAAAAUAAAUUACUAUGUUCUACUUGUCAUGCUGCUUGCAAUGGUUCUUGCAAAGGGCCAGGACCAAAAGAUUGCGAGAUGUGUUCUGAUGGAUGGUACAUGAUAGAUGAACGAGGUUGUUUUGAUAUUAAUGAAUGCUUAAAAAGUGAUGAAUCUUGUCCUGGAAAUCAAUUUUGUGUCAAUAAAGAAGGAAGUUUUACAUGUCUAGGAUGUGAUAAAGCUUGUAAUGGUUGUACUGGGGAUGGUCCAGAUAUGUGUAUAAAAUGUGCAGAUGACUAUCAUAAGAAAGAUAACUUGUGCAUAAAUUCAGAUCUUCUUGGUCGUAAGAGACAUGAAAAUUUUGCACGAUAUGCAACAUACCUUGGUCUUUGUGUAGCAACAUGUAUUAUUUUACAACGAAAUAUAUAUGCAGCAAGUGUUAUAGGCAUAUUAGUUGCAGUUUAUAUAUCAGUAUCUGAGUACAUGUUAUCUCAUAGUAAUAUUCAAGAUACAACAGCAAAUAUGGAUAUAUUAGGACCAGCUUGACAAAAUCAAAAAACAUAGUUUAAAUACAAAUUAGUUUUAAUAUAUAUAAUUUAUGAUUUGUAUGAAUGUAAUUAUUCAUAAUAAUGUAUCGGACAAAAAUAUUUAUAUAAUAAUCAAGGAUAUCUUAAUAAUUUAUUAUCCUUU